UGUCCAAAGUUAAAUAUUAAAACAAAAUUAAAAUAAUAACAACCGUCCCAUAAACUUAAUGUUUCAGAAGAGUGAUAACACUUAGGCUUCAUGGAAUAAGCCACCCACUAACUACUGAGGGCUAGGAAGAUACUUUUUUCCUGUAGUCCAAUUAUUUUAUCAUUGCCUUCUGCAGAGUUCCUAUGUACUGUUUUGGGUAGAUGCUUCCUUUGAAACAUCUAACACGGCCCACCAUCAGAGACAGGGUACUGGCCUAGAUAGACCAUUGGUUUAGUUAUACAAUGUUCCUGUAUAAUAAGUCUAAUGAGCUUAAAGGCCUCCAUAACAUUUUUAGCCAUUUGCUGCACACUGUCCGGAGCAGAUAUAUGGGUUUCUUAAGCUGUACAUGCAAGCAAUAGCCAAGGAAAUGGUUGUCACUGGGCCCUGGCUGCCUGACUGGACACAAUAGAGGUUGAUGUAUACAGUUUCCUCCCAUUUUCUCUGGGAUAUAGUGAAAAAUAAUAGCAGCAACCCUCUUUGUAGGUGCAGGGGAAGUUCUUUCUAGUUUGGGGUGCAUAGUCAUGGGGCAGGAGCAAGGACAAGGAUAAGAGUCUGGGAGAAUGGAGAUACCAUCCUGGUGCCAGUCCUCUCAGAGGACUUGGGAUGAGGUACAUUGCAGCACACUCUCAAAGCAUUCACAGUGGAGGAGUCUAUGUAGUCCCAGCCAGUGGUAGGGCUCUCUCCAGGUCAUUUCCAGCCAGUGGUGUCAGGAUUAAGUUGUUCUGUAUCCAUGCCAUGACCUGAACAGAGCUGAGAGGCACUGGGGCCCUGUCAUUUUGCUAACUUUUAUCUCAGGAGCUGAAGGUUUCUCUCUCUGCCAGAUGCUCAGUUCCCACUGGCACUGGGAGCACCAUGUCUGAUCAAGAAAGAGCUGAUGUGUCACCCAGCCAGGCAGGAACCAACAUGGAACAAACAGCAAGGAGGAGAGAAGGCGAGACAAUGGCCUCCUUUGUGUUGUGGUGUCUUUUGAUCUUCACUUGGGGGGUCCCCUCAGAGUGUGCUGAGGAAGGUCCCUCACCCCACGGUAAGAAAGUGACCUUGAGGUUAGCUCAUGGAGAGGAUUAUGUGUGUGUGUGAGAGACAGAGAGCAACCCAAGGAGCUCUACAGCUGAGAGAUCCUUUGGAACUUGCAUGAACCAUGGAUGGGACCGUAGGGUGAGUGAGUCUCCUCACAGUUCUGUCUCUUAGGAUGCCAUGAGGAGGCAUUGUACCAGCACGGGAGAGAGAUCUGCUGCAGUCAUCAUGCAAAGACCAUGUGGGGCUGGUGCCACUGGAAAUGCAAAGAAACCUGUGCUUCUGAAUUAUAUUGAAACCACAACAGCCUUCAUCAGUGCUGCUGAGGUGGCAGUCGUUGGAUUCUUCCAGGACCCAGAGAAGCCAGAAGUUUUAGAGUUCCAUAGUCUUGUAGGAAAAAUCCGAGAUGUGCCCUUUGGACUCAGCACCAGCCCUGAGGUCCUGUCUCAUUAUAACAUCACAAUCAACACCGUCUCUAUCUUCCGCAGGGUCGAUGAGAAUCGGCAAGACUUGGAAAUCACAGAUGGCAAAGAAAUGGACGCCACCAGGUUGAGCCGCUUCAUUCAGAUCAAUGAACUCCGUAUGGUGACAGAGUACAAUCCUGUGACUGCUAUAGGGCUGUUCAACAGUACAGUCCAAAUCCACCUCCUCCUGUUCACAGACAAGACUUCUAAGGAGCAUACAGAGCGAAUGCACAAGUACCGGGAAGCUGCAGAAUUGUUCCGAGGGAAGAUUCUGUUUGUUUUGGUGGACAGCAAUGUGAAGGGCAACGACCGUGUGAUGUCAUUCUUCAAACUGAAGAAGUCCCAGCUGCCAGCUCUCGCUAUAUUCCACACCCCAGAUGAAGAGCAGGAUGUGCUACCACUGGGUGACGUCUCUGUGGAGCAUGUGCAGGACUUCUGCAAUGCCUUUUUGCAGAGAAAGACUAAGAAAGAAGAUCCUGGACUAGAGGAGGAUGCUGUUAAGGUGGAGCUCUGACUUCCCUCUCGGCUACUGGAUAUGUCAUUGUGCCUGUGUCCAAAACCACCUGUGCUUGGUCUAGAAAGGAUCUAGUGUGCACUAGCAGCUCUGGAGCCCAUGGGACAAUGGGAAAAUGAAGCCAAGUCAACCAGGAUCAAUCCCUCUCUGUUCCAUAUAGCAUACAUGCUUUCUGUUCUCUUGAGGUCCCUCUCUUUCCUCCUCACUUGUCAGCUCCAGCCCCCUCAUUCCAGUAUUCCAAGAGCCAUAGCACGGUACUGUCUCUAUCCUUCUCGGUUUUCCCUGUUUGCUAGCACAGAUGACAUGGGUGGUAUUAAAACAUGGUGUCAAGAACAUGGCUUGCAGUUUACAGAGACAGGCUGGUCUGUUUCCUUGAUACUGCAAUGUCUUUAUAGUUGACUCCCUUUUCUCUAACUGUUGCCAUGCUGGCUCUUAUAAGCUUCUCCUGGUCUGAGAGCUGAUCUAUUGCUUGAGGUCACCUGACCUUUUCCAUUACAUUUUACUAAAUAAAGCAGAAAGUGAAUAACCUGA